UAUAUGUGCCAGUAAAAAUGAAUAUCUUUAAAGUGCAGAAAGAAUUUUUUAUUUGAUAUGCAUAAAGUUUAUCAGGUCAGAGACAUGUAAGGAGAUUUUUUUACGGUUUUUUUUGUUUUUGUUUUUUAAAACUUUUCUGUUUUAAACUUCGUGACUGUUUAAAGACAAAAAAUGGCUAACCUGACAGGCCAUUUUGUUUAAUAAACCUAAAAGCCAGAAACGUUUUUCUUCUGUUUCUUGUGUUAAGGUUAAAGGUAUCCGUAAGCCAUAAAUCUAAUUUUUUACAUAUCAUUAAUACAGCUAGAUUUUGUUCAAAAUGGCUGCACACAGCUUCAAGAAAACCUGUUGAUGUUUUUACGGGUUAACAACUAGUUUUAUAGAUAUAGCGAAUGAUUAGGAUAAUAUGGUAUACCUUUUUACUGAUGAAUUCUGUAUAAUAUACCCUAGAGAAAGUAGAACACAACCGAUUCGAAGAAUGAUGUAAAGAAACUAUUUCUUUAACUAAAGUAGUGUUGCUAUGGUGGUGUGCAAAUUCUUCUUGCAAGGCACCUGCAAAUUUGGAAACAACUGUCGCAAUGAACACACAAAAGAUGGCAACAGUUUUAUGAGAUCCUCAACAUUUGGGCAGUCAGAUCGAUAUCAUUUCAAUGCAGGAAAGAGUCCUGCAUUUGGAGGGAAUAGUUCGCUUUUUGGGCAGAAUAAAUCUACGAAUUCAACUGAACAGAGCCUUAUAACAUUAAUUCGUAAAGAAUUACAGGAUUGGGAAGUUAGCAAAUUAUGGCCGCUUUCGUGUUUUGCAGCACAAAAAGAUCAACAAUGUUUACCAGGUCUUCAAGAUACAUCUCCUGAGGAACUACGAAUAGAAGCGUACAAGUGCAUCGCGACCGGACAGCUCAAGCCUUAUUUAGAUGGCUUGGCAACUCUGAGUAGCAAGACCAUGACCAGAAGGAAUCAACUGAAAUCUAUGAACGAUCAACAACUUAUUCAAGAAAUCAACGCUGCCAGCUCAACGCCCUCUUCCGGCGAUCUCUUUUCGAGGCAACCGACAAGCUUAUUCAGCACGCAACAAGGUUCAAGCGGCUUGUUCAACACAAGCUCAACGGGCUUAUUUGGAUCCGGUGGCCAAAAUAAAUCUUCUGGCCCGUUUGCGUCUGCAUCUCAAAACAUAUCAGGCGGUCUUUUUGGUCAAAAUACAUCCUCGUCUCUCGGGGGCGGACUAUUUGGAUCGUCCAGUAACGCCCCGUCAAACCCGUUUGUAAAAUCUAAUAACUCGACUGCUGUGUUCGGUGGCAGUACAGGCUCUGGAGGCAGCACUUUAUUUUUUAACAACCCAGCGACACCAUCUGCUGGAUUGUUUUCGAAGAACACCGGUGGUGGAUUAUUUUCAAGUACCAACAACAGUUUAUCUUGCGUCCUCGGUCCAGACAAACCAGUGAAUGCUUUUCCCACUCCGUCCGGAAUUUCUACGAAUCCAUUCGGAGCAUCGACAAGUACCGGUUUGUUUAGCUCACUACAAACUCAGGGAAGUGGAGGGUUGUUUGGCGGGUCGCAAAAUACAGGCGGUGGAGGGUUGUUUGGCGGGUCUACUAGUGGUGUGUUUGGUUCAUCGCAGUCAACAAGUAGAGGGAAUUCAUUGGGUUCGUCCAAUUCCAGCAGUGGUGGAGGGUUGUUUACUUCGCAACAGACAAAUGUAGCUGCCAAUACUUCAUCAACUCAGCAAACUUCAUCCGCACCUGUUAACCCAUUUCUAUCACAAGCGAUGAAAGAGAAAAAAGCGCAACAACAACAACAGUACCAACAACUUCAACAACAACAACCUGCUGGAGCGUCUCAGUCCAUUGUAAAAAUUCCAGAAAUAACGCCCGAAGAUUUGGCUAAAUUCCAGGCGGAUAAAUUUAUACUUGGGCAGAUACCGACGUGCCCACCUCCACCAGAAUCGUGCACGUGAAAUUCUUGCUGGUAGAAAAUUGGUGAAAUAAUAUGGCGGACGUUCAAGUUAAAAAUUUAGUUUCACUGGAAAUUGAAAGUUUUAUUACUUAUGGCGAGUAGGAAUAAUGAUACCUAUCAGAUGGUUAUGCUCGAAAUUUAAAAAAACAUGGAAACUAAACUUUUUUUAAGCUACCGAUUGCUUGGGAACUGUCCUGCUUCAAGAGAUUUUUUUAUAAAAAAUUGAAUUUAAUGAGUAAUUGAUAUAAGAAUAGUCAAUAUUCACUAAGAACUCUUGUGUAUAAAUAAUUGUAUAUUAAUUGUGACGACAUGAUGAUUAUUUGCGUUAUUAUCGAUGCCAACUUUGUACGUUGUGUUAAUGAAAAUGGAGAAAUUUUAGUACGCUUUUAACACGCCAAACGCCAAAAGUUCAGCGUUUGCUGCAUGCUAAAGUAUGGGCUUUUCUUCUUAGUAAAUAAUACGAAACAAACGUUUCAGCUUAGGUUUCAGAAAUAACAGCUAUGGGUAACCGAGGGUUUUUUGUUUUUUAUUCACGUUUAUUUUUUUUAAUCAUGUGGUGAGUCUUUAGGUAGUUUACUACAGUUAUGUUAAAUAUAUUUUUAGACAAUAUUGACGUUAAAUUUGGUAGCAUAAAUUGAAAUUGCUGUUUUUUUUAUUCAUGUGAGGGAUUUGAUAUAAAUUCAUUUUUAAUGCUUCUUGA